AUGAAGAAUAGUAGUAGUAGUAGUAGUGGUAGUGGUAGUAGUAGUAGUAGUUCGGGCUGUCCAAAUACGAUUGUAGUAGCUAGUAUUGAAGGCAUGGAUGUCGUAGCAUUCCUCAACAGCGCGUGGGUCGGAGAGAGCUCCCCAUUGACCCAUUCACCAACAGGGCCCCGACAAGCACAAGGCACCAGGUCACAGGUAGAGUGGGAUCUGUUGUUCCCUGGAGAAGCAGCAGCUUGA